AUGACAGUAUCAGCAGUGAGGAUCCCCGCUACUCGUACAGCUAAAAAUGCUGUGAUCUUUUUACACGGCCUUGGUGACACUGGUGAAGGCUGGUCGUGGUUCCCGCAGGUGAUUUCGCAAACCGGUAUACUCAAAUCGCAAGCUGAGACCAACUUCAUCUUCCCAAAUGCUCCAAGCAUUCCAAUCACCGUGAACGGUGGUAUGAGUAUGCCAGGCUGGUUUGACAUUUACGAAUUCGGCAACCCACACGCUAAGCAGGAUGUGGAAGGGUUCUUGAAGACAUGUGAUAUUCUCAAGUCUUUGAUCAAGGAAGAACACGAGAAGAAUAGCAUUCCGCUCAACAAGAUUGUCAUUGGAGGCUUUUCUCAAGGGGCCGCCAUCUCAAUGGCUACAUUGGCCCUUCUUGAAGAAAAGAUUGGAGCCGUGGUUGCGCUUUCAGGAUUUUGUCCUAUUGCGGACACCAUCAAGGGAAAAUUGAAGAGUGCAAACUUCGACACCCCAGUUUUUCAAGGUCAUGGCGAUGUUGACCCUAUAGUUCAGCACAGCUUCGGUGAAAAUACAAGCAAGCUCUUCAAGAGUCUCGGGUUCAAGGACUGGACAUUCAAGACCUACCGUGGAGUAGCCCACAGCGCCAAUGAUGAAGAACUUGUUGAUGUGAUUAAGUUCUUAUCAUCGGUAUUAGAUAAAUAA